AUGCCCUACGUCGACAUCGUCACGCGGGAAGACUAUGCCUCCAUAUUCUACAUCACCAAUACCCCGACAGGGAGCGUGUCCAGCUUUGAUCCGUCAAAGCCCACAGUCGUCAUGAUGCACCCUCUCUUGCUGGGCUCUGCGUGGACCUAUCCUCAGACAGGGUACCCGCGUUUGCACUCGGAUUUCAACAUUAUUUGCUUCGACACGCGCUCCUCGGGUCAGUCGCUCUGUAAAGCGUCAGGGGAAUUCGAUCUCUGGGUGAUUGCGGCCGAUUUAGCACUCGCGUUCCAUCACUUGGGUCUCCCACCUGCACACAUCUUCACACCGGAACUUUAUGCUUACGCUUCUCUGCGCUUCGCAGCUCUAUUCCCUGAGCACUGUCUCAGCGUGACGCUUUGCAAUGUGCCUGCGCAAUCAGAACUGAGGAGGAUUGCCGAUGCGUGGGAGGAAUUAUCUCCUCACUGGACCCACACAGAGGAUUUGGAGUCGAUGGAAUACUGUAUCAAGGAAGUACUGGACUUCUUCACUGGGCCCGAUAAUACCGACCCAGAGAUGGUCGACUUGCAUGACGAUCUGGCAGUGUGGUGGCAAACGACCUACCCGCCAUUCAAGCGCUCGUUGACGAGAACCAACUUCAACCUGAUUGCGAAUCGAGUACCAAUGACCUCCGAAGAAUUGGCUGCUGUUCGCUGUCCUCUGCUGAUCAUUCAGGCUGAGCGCAGCGAGACACAUCCAAAGCAAUAUGCAGAGGAGCUCGCGAACGCCCUUAUCAAUGUGCCAGGGGGUGCAUCAUUGUAUCUUGUGAAAACUUCACACGCAUAUCUAUCCCUGUGCUCGUCCUCCAUCGUGAACCAAGUAUUCUUGAAGUGGCUGAGACGUCAGCCGGCGGCACGGUCAGACCUCAGGAAACCGAUGUCAACGGCGGCGCUGAGCGAUAGGAUGAUGUCUGCACUGGAGCAAAUUGGUCAAUGGAGAAGGGACCCCGGGUUUACCAUGGAAAAGAAUCCGUUGUCCCCCAUCCACUUCUCGUGCCUUAGCAAGGAGGUUUGCAAGAGCCAGGAGGAAAUGAUUGCGUCAUUCGAGAAGGGAGAGCGUGCGGCAUUCUCUCCCUUGGGCAUGGACGGCCGCCCGUUGCGCAAGUAUUCAGAGAGGAAAGCUCACUGGCUGGAUGGCGGACCGGAUGGGUUCUCAUACACCGAUCCCAAACGCUACCCUCAGAUGGAUAGAGGGAAACAGCCAAAGUACGCGGCGAAGAACGUCAGCUUGAAGUCUUCAAAGCGAGACCUAGCGGUCGUGCGGCCCGAACCCUUGACAGAGAAGGACCAGCUGAUACCGCGUUCCAACCGCGCGAACGUCGAGCCCGCCAACGUAGUGGAGAAGAACGUCGUGAAGGGAUCGAUGGCAAGGGUCGUGGCGAAUAGCAGUACCGCCUUGCCGCGUCUGCUCAACCGGUGA